AUGGAAAUACAGAGAAACAUCUCAGAAUUUAUUCUUUUGGGACUUUCUCAUGACCCAAAUAUACAACUCUUUUGCUUUGUACUUUUCUUAUUUUGUUAUGUUUCCCUCUUGAUAGGAAACCUUCUAAUUCUUGUUUCCAUUCAAUGCAGCUCCCUCUUUCAACAACCAAUGUACUAUUUCCUCAGCCACUUGUCUUCUGUGGACAUCCUGUAUACUUCUAGUGUCACACCCAAACUGAUUGGUGACCUGCUAGCGAAGACAAAAUCCAUCUCUUAUGUUAGUUGCAUGCUGCAGGUCUUUAGCAUGCACUUCUUUGGCAGUAUUGAGGUCUUCAUACUUACUGCCAUGGCUUUUGAUCGCUAUGUUGCCAUCUGCAAACCUCUCCACUACAUGAUCAUCAUGAACAAAACAAAAUGCGGUCUCCUUGUCUUAGCUGCCUGGGCAGGUGGGGCAGUCCAUUCCUUUCCUCAAUUAUCUAUGACAAUCAGGUUGCCCUUUUGUGGUCCUAAUGAAAUUGAUCAUUAUUUUUGUGAUGUAUUGCCUUUGUUAAAAGUUGCCUGUACUGAUACCUAUAUCACUGGUGUUCUUGUGGUUGCCAAUUCAGGUAUGGUUGCCUUAGUAACCUUUAUUGUCUUAGUUGUUUCUUAUGCUAUUAUAUUAUUCACCUUAAGAAAUCACUCAGCUGAGGGAAGACGCAAAGCCUUGUCUACUUGUGGCUCUCAUAUCACUGUGGUGGUCUUAUUUUUUGGGCCUUCGAUCUUUGCCUACCUUAGACCUCCUACCACAUUCCCUGAGGAUAAAGUCUUUGCACUCUUUUACACCAUCGUUGCUCCUAUGUUCAACCCCUUAAUCUAUACCCUGAGAAACACAGAGAUGAAAAGUGCCAUGAGGAAAGUUUGGUGUCAAGCUUAUUCUCAAAGGAAGCACUCAAUCAAUUUGAAGACUAACAGUUAA